UAAUGUUUUCAUUUAGUAGGUAUGCGUAUUUUACUGAUGAUCAUGUUUCAAAGAAAUACAAUUUCUUGUAAAGUGGUUAUCGUCUUUUUUAAUGUUCUUAUGUGCACAUGCUUUGCUGUGAUUGUAACUGUUGAUGACAUUGUAAGUGUAGCUGAAGGCAAUGAAACCAGAAUAAUGUGCAACAUGACGCGAAGUAGUUCAAGUAGUGUAGCUGUUCCUAUCGUAACCUGGUAUAAUGUCACCAAUGGAGUAACUGAUCAAAUAGCACAAUCUCAAGGUGGAGUUGGAUCUGUACGGUCUUCAUACAUCGACAGAUUCAGUGUUGAAGGAGACACAACACUAGUGAUUGCUAACACCAGUCGUAGCGACAGCGGCACGUAUCAAUGUAUUGUAAAUAUAUUUGAUGACCCCCUUCACCUGCAUCUGAUGACGCCAUACUGA